AGAGAACUGGCUUCGUUUCAAAUUAGGUUUAGUAGAGAAAAGAAGGAGCCUUUUUAGUUUUCAAUUUAGGGGUUUUGAGAUGGAGCAAAUGCUAUUCAUUAGAAAAGACGACAGAGUCGAAGUCUUUUUUGAAGAGGAAGAGUUAAAAGGGUCUUAUUACAGAGCGAUUCUUGAAGAUAAUCCAACGAAAUCAGGACACAAGAAGCUUAAAGUUCGUUACUUGACGCUGCUGAAUGGAGACCGUUCGGCUCCUUUAACGGAAUUCGUUGAUCAGAGCUUAAUUCGACCUGUCCCAUCGGAGGAUGUGAACGACGGCGUUGUUUUUGAAGAAGGCUUGAUGGUCGACGCUUAUCUUAAAUAUGGGUGGUGGACUGGUGUGGUAGUAAAAACAAUGGAGGAUGAGAAGUUUUUGGUUUACUUCGAUUGCCCACCAGACAUUAUACAGCUUGAGAGAAAGAUAUUGAGGGUUCAUUUUGAUUGGACCGGCUUCAAAUGGAUCCGACCUGUUAAUAAGGAAUUGGUCAAGUCUGUUGUUUUUAGUUCCGGGACAAUGGUGGAAUUGAGAUUUGAUUUUGCUUGGCUUCCGGCAAUUGUCAUUAAGGAGUUGGAGAAUGAGAAGAGGUUUAUUGUCAAGUACUGGAAUAAUUCCUAUAGCUGCAGCGGGGAAUCAAAUAUCAUAAUCGUUGAAUCCAUAAGACUAAGGCCUAUGCAGCCUUCAUUUUCUGUUGGAAAUUAUGAAUUGUUGGAUCAUGUAGAGGCAUUUAGUGGUUUUGAAUGGCGUGAAGGUGUGGUGAGGGGAAUUGUCUUUGAGGGACGGUACAUGGUAAGUUUUGGGACAACAAAGGAGGCGUCACAAUUCAGUCACUUAGAUCUUAGGCCUCCAAUGGAGUGGGAGGAUGGAGUUUGGCAUAAAAGAACAAAGCCAAAAGGUCAAAAAGAAAUUUCUUUAGACGGCAAAGGAAACAAGCCAGUGGCUUUGGACACUAGAAAUGUGCAGACAAAGGAAUUGCCGGGAAAUGAGAUGGCUAACGAUGUAGUAAAUGAAAAGGAAUCUGGUUCACAUAUAACCCUGGGCAUGACUGCAACAAUGAACAAAACCCAGGGAAAGAUAUCCCCUGAGCCAAUGAAGAAUCAAAUUGGCUCGAGAAAUGAGCCAACUCGAGAGAAGAUUCCUGAGAAGCAUUACAGCAAAGUUUACACUCGAAAGAGGAAGAGAGGACAACUAGAACACAAUUCAGACCUCAAUAAGACUGUGUUAUCCUCAGAUCGGACCCCCAAUGUGGUGAAGAAUGUUGGUUCUAAUGUUGAGGAAACCCAAGCAAAGGAUACAGAAAUGGUUUUGCCUUUCGCGAAGAAGUCACCGUGUUGGAAGAUAUAUGAAUCAACCGAGGUCUUCAAAAGAGUACCACAAAGUCCUCAUUUCAGCCCAUUAUUAAAGAGUAAAGAAGAUUUCCGUGAAGGGUAUGCAUUAGGUCUGAUGGUGAUUUAUUCUGGGUUACUGGAGAAAUUUAAAGAUCUUGAAACCGAUGUUCCCGUAAGCCAACUACAUAGCCUCAAAGAUUCAUUUUCGGAGCUAGAGAAAUAUGGUUUCAGUGUUACAACGGCUUUAUCACGGAUCGACAAGCUGUUGGCACUCAAAGAUAGACAACUAGAUAUAUUGGAGGAACUAAAAGGUUUUGACAAAGAGAUGACGGAUGAAUCUAGCAGUAAUCGAAAGGCUAAACAAGAGUUUGAUAAGAUAGAACGAAAGAUUCUUGAGCUGCAUAGGCAAGAAGCCGCUCUAAAAAAACAAAAGGAAGCAGCAACAGAACAGAAAGAUGCAGCCUACAAAAAGAUAUGUCAGAUGGAGUCAUGCGUAAAAGAUCUUGAUGUAGAGCUUGAAGGUGUGGAGUUUGAGUUUGAGACAAUUUUGUCGGCUCCUUGGUAAGUUAAGAAACACAAAACUAUGAUGAGCUCUUUCUAAGUUGACUCAAAGAUUUGUUUGAGAUCAUUGUCCCUUAUGGAUUUAUGGUUGAUGAUGAUGUUUAGUUUUAACUUGAAAAAUCUUGAACCCAAUCACUUGUGUAGUUCCUAGGCAGAACACUUUUCUCUGAUUCGAUUUGACUCUGUUAACAACACAAAUGCAAUUAUUAUAACAUGGUUGGUUAGUGAUUGAUAAAACUUGAGCCAAGUG